CAAAACAACUUGACGAGCUGUCAAAAUCUGUUCGCUCUGUCAAACGGAUUUCAAUACAAAAUAUCAACAUGGAAAUCGACGGAGCGGAAUUGUGAGGCCCAUUCAUUAGAAUUUGCCCCUUUUCGUUUUUUUUUGGGACAGCUGAGUCGCAAAGUUUUUGCUGGUGAUGCACUUUGUCUGGCGCUGGCGCUUAUGCAACCAAAAUAUUGAGCAGUACAAAGCCAGAGGAAUGCCUCCAGGGAUGAAGAAAUGCAGAGAUGCAGAGAUGGAUAGCUGGCAAGUGUGGGCUGCAGUACAUCCUGCAUGCGAGCAUAUGUAUGUGUGCAGCGACUACUGGCGAAAUUGAAAUUCCUAUGAAAUUGUAUAAAAUGCACUCAAAGGCAUUUUUGGGGCAGCUUAGCAACACAAGUUUUGGCCACUUUUGGGCGACCGUCCUCCGUCCUGGCUGGCUUACGCAAUUCCGGAACCGAAGAAAUAAAACUUGAGAAAAAAAACUGCGAAUGGCAACGUGGAGGAUGUGGCAGCAUUCCGCCCAUUUUCGUGGUGCAAAAGUACUUGCAACGCAACCAGGACAGGAAGAAAUCAUAAUUUGUUGUCUCAUUGUCGUUGAAGUAAUUUUACAUUCCGUUUAGCCUUGGCAACAAAUGGCGCAGAAGAAAAACUAUGAUUCUACAAUUCAAAUAUGCAGCCGGAAAUCUUGUUUUUUUCACGAAACGGGAAUUUUGGAAUUACUCCAUCUCUCAUGUGCAAUAAUGAAUGCAAAAACAUUUUCGAGUCCGCAAGAUCGUUGUCCAUUCAUCAGUAGCUUGCAGGACCAUCAGUCUUUCAAAAAGGGUGUUAGCUGCCCAUUUUUAAUCUCCUCCUUGUGCAGAGAUUACACUUCUCCGAAAAGAACCGGCACGUAAAUUGGAAAAGGGCCGGUGCACCUAAUGGCAUUGAAAUUCAUCACACAGUCCGUAAUGCCGCCUACAAAGGGAGAAAAAGGGGUGCGGCGAUAGUUGUAAUGCCGACACUUCAAUGCCAGAUAGAAUCUUCAGUUCGACAGUAUUUGAAUUAUGUAAACAACACGCUGUUUUCUUCUCUGCGUGUAUGUGCUGCUCCUGGCCAUUUGCCAUUUCGCCAGAAAUAAUCCCGACAAUCGGUGCGAUGUGGGUGAUACGAGUGCGAAAGCGAGUGCCAGUGCAAAUGUGAAUGCGAGUGUGAAUUGUGAAUACGAAUACGAAUGCCAAUGGUGAUAUGUGUACAUAUGGCGGCGGCGGCAUAGAGUUCGGAAAAUGCAGCCAUGUGGGCGUGAUGUUUGCACUCCGGUGCAGCGGGGCUAUAAAUAAGCCGGGUAUUUAUUAGGGGGCAAUCAUAAACUGCGUUAACGACGGGCGCUCUGCCAACGGGAACAAGAUCCGGUAAACAAAGGAGCCCGUCAACGCAACGUCUCAUUGUGCAUAAGCUUUCAAUUAAAAUCUGACCCGGAUAACGGGGCGUAUGGGUGAUGGGUAUCGGAACUCGGAAACGAACACGAACAUGGAAACGUUAACGUAAACGGAAGCGGAAAUACAAAUGCAAAUGCAAAUGGAAAGAGAUCAAUUUCCAAUUGGAGCCAGGGCAUUGCAUGUCCAUGGAUGCAAGCAAUGGAUCCAAUGCUAAUAAUGUCCGAAGACAAAGCUCCGUGCACUGGAGGUCGUGUUCGCCUUGCAAACUAAUUGAAUUCCUUGUUCUGUAUUCUAAUUAAGACGGCCAAGUUUGGUCAGCACACAUUUACUAUGUGGUCGACGGCAAAAUGACCCUCCUGUCGAACAUUCUCGACUGCGGAGGCUGCAUUUCCGCCCAGCGCUUCACCCGCCUGCUGCGCCAGUCCGGCUCAUCGGGACCAUCCCCAUCUGCACCGGCGCCGGGUACAUUUGAAUCCAAAUCCAUGCUGGAGCCAACAUCCUCGCACAGCCUGCCGACCGGACGAGUGCCACGGCUGCACGAUUUCGAUGCCGCGACAACGGAAUCGCCGGGCACCGCCUAUGUCCUUGAUGGGGUCGCCCGGGUGGCACGGGUGGCCCAGUUGGCCCUGGAGCCCACCGUCAUGGACGCAUUGCCGGAUGCGGACCCGGAACAGGUCCUCAGUAAUCUCAAUAGCAGCGCGCCCUGGAAUCUAAAGCUUGCAUCGGCGGCAGCCACCAAUUUUGAGAACUGCUCGGCGCUUUUUGUCAAUUACACCCUACCACAAACAGGACUGUACUGCAAUUGGACCUGGGACACAUUGCUCUGCUGGCCACCAACUCCGGCCGGAGUCCUUGCACGGAUGAAUUGCCCUGGCGGCUUUCACGGCGUAGAUACGCGCAAAUUCGCCAUCCGCAAGUGCGAGCUGGAUGGACGAUGGGGCAGCAGGCCAAAUGCCACGGAGGUGAGUCCGCCGGGAUGGACGGACUACGGGCCGUGUUACAAGCCGGAGAUUAUCCGUCUCAUGCAACAGAUGGGCAGCAAGGACUUCGAUGCCUACAUAGACAUAGCCAGGAAGACGAGGACCCUGGAGAUCGUCGGCCUGUGUCUCUCCCUCUUCGCCCUGAUAGUUUCCCUGCUGAUCUUCUGCACAUUUCGCUCCCUGCGAAACAAUCGCACCAAGAUCCACAAGAACCUCUUCGUCGCCAUGGUGCUACAGGUGAUCAUCCGCCUGACCUUGUAUCUCGAUCAGUUCCGGCGGGGCAACAAGGAGGCGGCAACCAACACCAGUCUCUCCGUCAUUGAGAACACGCCAUAUUUGUGCGAGGCAUCCUAUGUACUGCUGGAGUACGCUCGUACCGCCAUGUUCAUGUGGAUGUUCAUCGAGGGCCUGUACCUGCACAACAUGGUCACGGUGGCGGUGUUCCAGGGCAGCUUUCCCCUCAAGUUCUUCUCGCGACUUGGCUGGUGUGUGCCCAUUCUGAUGACCACCGUGUGGGCGAGAUGCACGGUCAUGUAUAUGGACACCACGCUGGGCGAGUGCUUGUGGAACUACAAUCUCACGCCCUACUACUGGAUCCUCGAGGGACCACGACUAGCAGUUAUACUGCUCAACUUCUGUUUCCUGGUGAACAUUAUCCGUGUGCUGGUGAUGAAGCUUCGUCAAUCGCAGGCCAGCGACAUUGAACAGACUCGCAAAGCCGUUAGAGCGGCUAUAGUCCUACUACCACUUUUGGGUAUAACCAAUCUACUGCACCAGCUGGCUCCUCUGAAGACGGCCACGAAUUUCGCCGUCUGGUCGUAUGGCACCCACUUUCUUACCUCGUUUCAGGGAUUUUUUAUAGCGCUAAUUUACUGCUUUCUAAAUGGCGAGGUUCGUGCCGUGCUGCUGAAGAGUCUGGCCACCCAGCUGUCGGUUCGAGGCCAUCCGGAGUGGGCGCCGAAAAGGGCAUCUAUGUACUCGGGUGCUUAUAAUACGGCGCCGGAUACGGAUGCAGUGCAGCCCGCUGGAGAUCCAUCGGCCACUGGAAAGCGAAUAUCACCGCCGAAUAAGAGGAUGAAUGGAAGGAAGCCGAGCAGCGCCAGCAUUGUGAUGAUCCACGAGCCGCAGCAGCGCCCGCGACUGAUGCCCCGGCUGCAGAACAAGGCGCGGGAAAGGGGCAAGGAGCGGGUGGAGAAGGCGGAUACGGAAGCGGAGCCGGAACCGGAUCCGGCCAUCACCCGCAUUCACAGCAAGGAGUCCGCGCGAUCGCGGACUCGCGGCUCCAAGUGGAUAAUGGGCAUCUGCUUCCGGGGUCAAAAGGUACUGAGAGUACCGUCAGCGUCAUCCGUGCCACCCGAGUCAGUUGUAUUUGAGUUGUCAGAGCAGUAGACCAAAAACCUAGCCUAACUCGUAGAUGUAGCCAUAGCCGUAGCCAAAUAGCCGUAGAAGUAGCCAACGCCACAGUAGCCACCACCACAGUAGCCAGCACCCACCACCCACACAUCGGACCACCGAAAAGCUAACCCAGAACCCAAAUUAAUCCUGCAUUUCCCAACGACUCACAAAGAAAGCAAGCUGGAAACCGCCUAUGUAUAUUGUAAAUUCCCCCUAUCAAAAUAUCGCAGUUCUAAUGUCUAAGAUCAUUUCCAACAGAAA